UUUCCUACUUCUCACUUACGAUAUCAUUUAUUCCCAUUUAAUCUCUUUUUUUUAUAUAUAUAAAAAUCUUAUAAAUGGCCGGACAAGGAGUAACGAAAGAUGGAAAUGCAUUAUUGCCGGGUUCUUCAACUUCAUUGCCUUUAUUAUCUCUAAAUCAUGUCUCAUUUAGAUGUAAAUCUGUUAGUACUUCUGCCAAGUUUUAUACCGACGUUCUAGAAUUCGUUCUAAUCAGACGUCCCUCCUCUUUCGAUUUUGAAGGUGCUUGGUUGUUCAACCAUGGAAUUGGUAUACAUUUGUUAGAAGUAGAGACGACUCCAACCAAAACAGGAGUAAUCAAUCCAAAAGACAACCACAUUUCGUUUCAAUGCACCAAUAUGGAUCUCAUAAUUCAGAAACUUGAAGAAAUGGACAUUAAAUAUGUGACCGCAGUAGUAACAGAAGGCGGUGUAGAAGUGAACCAACUCUUUUUCCAUGAUCCCGAUGGCUACAUGAUCGAAAUUUGCAAUUGUCAUGUUCUUCCAAUGCUUCCCCUCACCUCUUGCCCCGUCAAAAAGCACACGGCGAUUCCACAAGUUAACGAAGUAGAAUCCCCCUUUUACGAUAAUUUGAGUUCCAAAAAUUACUUUUGUGGAGAAGAUGAGAUGAUGAUGGAGAAUUUGGUGAUAGACAUGAUGGGUAUCUCCUUCUAAAAGCGAAGUAUAAUAAUGCUUGUUGAAAUGAUGCUUCAUACUCAUUUAUUUAGCCUAUGAUAGCUUCAAGUGUAUGCAAUUGUAUACUAAUAUAUAUCUAGUAGCUAGAAGAGGAAAAUCUAUUUGUAAAAAUUACAUUUUGUAUGUUUCAUUAUCACCAUCAUAAUAAAUCAAAUUGUAAGCAAUAGUUAUCAAUUGAAUGGUUGAUAUUUUAUUCAAAA